AUCACAUGAAGGGAAAGAAGGAUUCAAUAAUGAUGCUGUAUCUUCUUGCAAUAUCUGUGCUAAUUCUAUUGCCAAAAGCAGUUUCAUGCGUAGGAUCACAGAACUUCACUCACUCAGGAUGUUUUUCCUCAACAUUUUCCCUGCACAGUAAAUACAACUCAGUCAUAAAACCUGUGACUUGGGAGAUUUGUAUGCAGCUCUGCGCACACAAAGUGACAAUUUACGCAGGAGUUCAGGCGAGAAAGAAUACUUGUUUCUGUGGUAAUGACAUAAGGAAGCACUCGACUGUCGAGGACAAUUCCUUCUGCUAUCCUUGUACAGAGGACAACACUCGUUGGUGUGGAGGAAAUGACACCUUGUCACUAUAUCAAAUCCUACCUGAAGAAACCGAACCACUAGUUUUGGUGGUUGCAGCUGAAAAUGGGUUGAAGAUGAUUGUUCAAGAAGGUCCUGGGAAAUCUAAUACCGUUUGGCAGCUUACUAAAAUGAAUACUGGCCUUGUCGAUUAUGAUUACAAAAAACAAGAGAUAUACUUUGUGUCUAAGAACAAUAUCUUAAAGUCAACCUAUAUACCUUCAUCAAUGACAUACAUUCAUGCAAUCACAGUAGUUGAAACAGAAUGUGAUAGUGUCACUGAUCUAACAUUUAACUGGAUGGGAAACACACUCAGAUGGUCUUGUGAAAGUGAAUCAAAUGUUUCGGAAUGUAAUCUUGAUGGGUCUAAUAAGCAAACAAGACUCUAUAAUGCUCAUCACAUUACUCACUAUUAUUUUGAACCAUUGUUAAGGUUUCAAAUUUAUUUAGUAGAUGGAGGUAAACUUGGAAAAUGCAAGGAAAAAUGUACAUCGGAUGAGUUGUCUAAAUACCACUUUAAAACUGUUGUGGAACUGAGUGUGGAUGUUCAACAGGAAACUAUUUAUGUGAUUGGUUCAUUCACCCGAGAUGACGUAAACAAUUUCUUAGUUAGUUGUAAUUACGAUUUCUCGACCUUCAAAGUUCUAUACAGUGGACCAGAACUUGCCAAGCCACGCGGAUUAAGCACUGUCAAUGGGUUGAUUGUAUGGAGCAACCAAGAAAAUGAAAAUUAUACAAUUUACAAAGGACACGUGUCACCCAAAGGUGGAAUAGACAAAUUGGCUGCAAUCUUUACUGAUACUCAGAAAAUCAAUGACUUGAAAAUAUUUUCACAAGAAGCUCACAGUGCAGGAACAGAAUACUCUUGUCGGCAGCUGAACUGUUCUCACAGCUGCAGAGUUGUAACCAGUCUACUGGUAGAAUGUCCGUCAAACAUGACUCUAGCUGGGGAUGGAACAACUUGUACAGCUAUUGUAACCACUUCUGCGCCAACAACAGAUUCGAUGUCAGAAACGUCAACUUCUGAAAUGAUGUCUGUAUUCAGCUCUACUGAUGUUUCUGUGACAGAUACUGAGGAAGGAUUUUCCGAUCAUUCAUUUUGGACAGGGAUUUCUGAUGUUUUAUUUAACAAAACCACAUCAAGAAUCGUUCCAACUCCGACGGAAAUUACACCCACAACCAUUCCAACUUCAACAAUAAUCACAUCCACAACCAUUCCAAUUCAAACCAUUCAUCUGCAGUCUAAUCACCACCUUCUCAUAUUUAUAUUGACAGUCAUACUCUUUAUUCUGAUCCUAAUGGUAGCUUUACAAAUUCUACUUACUGUCCGUACACAAAGAACAAACAAUGCAUUAAGGACUUAUGUAAUUCACAAAACUCACUCUGAGUCUAUUGAGUUAGUGAGUUAGUGAGUUACCGGUAUCUUUUUACUUCCUUUCAUAAAUAAGUAUUAUUUCUCUUAUAAUCUAUUCCACACAGUUAUAAUAUAUUAAUUAAUUUGUAUCUUAUCACCAAGCCAUUAUAAAGACUACAAGAAAUUAUGGUGAAUUUAUGUUAAAUCCACAUUUGAAAUACAAGUAAUUUUUAUAUUAAGUA